UCCUCGGCAGAGAAAGGAGUCGGACGCUCCGUCCUCCCUUUUAAUUUUUUUUUAUUAAGUGGCUGGAAUUUAGUGGUGUGUGUGUAUAUGUGAGGUGAAGUGGAUAUUGAGCGACGCCAGGACACAAGUGUGAUUUUAAUUAAGUGCUUCAUUUAACUAAAAAAGGACUUUUUAUCUUGUUUUUUUUUACUGGUAAAUCAUUGAUGCUGGAGACGACCGUUCAAGAAUGGAGGAAAUAACAGCAGAGCAAGUAACGCUUAACUGCGUUAACUCUCUGGACUUGUUACCAGAGACUACAUCAUCCAUUACGCAGCUAGCAGAUGGGAAAUUUUUUCAACGUCUCAUAAGUAUUUUAAAAAAUCUAGAUAUCCAGAACACUGACCUAGUCAGUAAUGUCCCCAUACUGGAGACUAUUUUAAAAGAGCAUUUUGCUGGACCUGACUUAGUCAACUUUGAAGAUGUGGUUGGAGGUAACCACUUAGAGCUAACAAAGCUCGCCCUUCUCCUCAUGUACAUAAUGAUAUUUGUGGAUGCCAAGUUGAGAAGCAAGCUUAUCAGCUCCCCGGUAAUGGAUCAGUCCACACAAGUAAAGUUUAAGUAUCUCAUUGAAUCAAUCCAGAGAAGAGGAUCAGGGAUGAGCACAAAGUUCCUAAACAUACUCUGUACAGAAAGACUUGAUUGCAAAGUGUCAGCACGUUGCCAGACCCCAGUUUCAAACAGUGCUCCAUGGGGCUCUCCCAAUGUUUACUCCAGCUCCCCAAAGGCAGCACCAACAUCACCAUUAAGAGACUUAGUGCAGAGUCCACCAUUUCGAAUGCAAAAACUUUUAAAUGCAAAAACAAAAGAAGUCCGAGCUUGCAAAACAAAUAAUGAAAAGAUUUCCAUUAAUCACAAUAUUGCUGUCACUGCAAAAGUGAUCGAGUUGAAGGAGGAGAACAACACUUCGAGAGCUAAGGACUGGGAAAAAUUUCAAAGCGUGCAAAUGAUCAUAUAUAACACCCAAGUUUUUUGUUCCAAUAGAAACAACUUGAAGAACUACACAUGUUUUUCUGGAGAAAUAAAGACAGCCAAUAGUCAUGAAGAGUCUUUUAAGUGGAUCUGCAAUGAAUUCUAUGAUGCCCCUUCCCCAGCAAAUGGAAGUGGAUCUGGAGGCAAUGUGUCUGGAGAGAACAUGGCUGAAGCUAUUGUAGAUAAGAUCUUAGGUGAGACUCAAGAUCAAUUAGCCAAACUUCUUUUCAAGUAUCCUGCUCUAAGAAAAAUUCAGAAACCACUUACAGUAAGACCACCUCCAUUAGCCCAGGUUGAAGAUCUCACAGGUGAAAAUGAUGCCAUGAAUGCUGAACUUGGGCUAGUUAAGGGGAAUUAUUCUCAGUUGAUGGUUCAGCAUGCAGAGCUUCAAGAACAAAAUAUGGUGACAUCCUCUCAACUACAGGAAAAUCAGUCCAAGGUCUUGCAAUCAGAGACGGAGAAAGUUGGCUUACAGAAAGAACUUCAGGAAUCGCAAGUCUCUCUCCUGACCCUGAAGGAACAACUAAACCAAAAAAUAAAGGAAUUGGCUGGACGCUGUUCAGAAUUGGAAGAAGUUGAAAGUAAACUAAAAUUGGCCAGCCAGGAAUUGGAAUGCACUUCAGCAAGCUUGAAGGCAGAAACUGAAGCCAAGUGUACUUUGCAAGAAGAAUUUAACAGAACUGUUUCAGGAUUGAAUGAAGAUUUCAGAAUGCAAAAACUUAACCUGACAGAAGAAUAUGAGAAGAAGAUUGAAGAACUGAAUAACAACCUGUCAAUUAUUAUGGUUGAAUGGGAAACUCUUUCGAAAGAGAAGAUAUUGUUAAAACAAGAACUUCAUAACCAAGAAGAAAGCCAUAUAACUGAAAAGAAUCUGCUUGAGAAAAAGGUUUCUGAAAUGGAAGGAGAGAUUUCAGCUUUGGUGAGCGCCUUGGGUGCAAAAGAAAGUGAGCUAACGGAACAGCUCGCCAGCUUCACUAAGCAGAUGGACAGCAUAAAUGCUGAAAAAGUGGUGCAUGAAGGAAAGGUGGCAGAAGUUUGUGCACAAAUAAAUGAAAUGGAAGCACAGCAUGCAGCAACUUUGGAUGUCCUAAAAGCAGAAGCAGAGAAACAGCAGAAUGAAUUUGACAAAACAGUCUCUGAUUUACAGGAUAAGAUGAAAGCACUCCACUCAGAGAAGGUACAGAUUUGCAAUGAAAGAGAUGAGCAGGUAGCAGCAGUUAAGUCACUUACUGUGGAGGUCGAGUCAAAGCAAGAAGCUGUCUCUUCAGUGGAAAAAGAAAAGCAAGAUAUGUGUGAAAUGUUUGAACAAGAAAAGACAGCCAUGUCUUCCAUAAUCAGAGCUCAAGAAGAAGCCCUUGAUACCUUGAAGCAGCAAAUAGAAGCAACAUUAGAGGAACACAAAUGUGAGAAGGCAGGGCUAGAGGAAAGACAAGAAAAAGAACUUGCUUUUGCCACUGUUAGAGAGGAGCUAGAGACAACCAUAAUGACACUGAAAAAUGAAAAGGCAAAGCUUGAGCAGGAUAUUCUAGAGAAAAGUGUUGCUAUCACAGAUCAUGAAAAGCAUUUUGAAGAGUUGGUAAAACAUGCAAAUGAGGAGAAAGCUUUACUACUUGAAAAGAUUCAGGAAAAUGAAACUGCCUUUUCAGCAGCCAAGCAAGAAAUGGAGAUGGCUGCCACAUCCUUAAUCAGUGAGAAAGAUAUGGAGCUACAAAAUAAAGAGAAAGCUCUUAGGGAUUUACAGCAAGAAAAGGAACUCAACUUUAUGCUUGUUUCUGAAGAAAAAACAAGGAUGGCUGAAAUUAUACAAGCAAAAGAAGCAGCUCUUGUUUCCUUGCAGAAAAAAGCAGAGGAAGAGAAGUUGUCAACGAACAGUAUCAUUCAAGAGAAGGAGAGCAAUAUUAGUUCACUUCAAAAGGAACUUGAAGUGGCUGCUGAAGCCUUUGGCCAAGAAAAGGCAGCCUUAUGUGAAUUGGUCAGGGCAAAGGAAGAGGUUGUGUUAUCAUUGCAAGACCAGGUUAAAGAAAUAAAGGAUAAGAUGAAUUGCACAAUUCAGUCAAAAGAAGAAGUCAUAUCUUCUCUGCAACAUAAAUUGCAACACAGCCUUGAUAACUUUGAAAAGGAAAAAAAUACUAUGCAAAGUGAGAUUAAUGCCAAACAAGAGGCAUUAACAUUGGUUAAACAGCAGAUGGAAGAGGAAAAAGUAUGCAGCAGUAAAAUUGUUAGGGAAAAGGAGGAAGCUUUAACAGCUAAACAGCAGGAAUUACAGUCUAAUAUAGAGUCCUUUGAAAGAGAGAGAGUGGCUUUACAAGCAGAAAUUAAAGCUAAGGAAGAGGCUUUAGCACUGGCUAGUCAACAGUUACAAGAGGAAAAGAUGUCCAUUGCAAAAAUAGUUGAAGAAAAGGAAGAAGCUCUAAAAUAUAAACAAGAAGAAAUGCAAGAGGCAGUAGAGAGGUACAACAAAGAUAAAAUAUCCUUGGAUGAAAACCUGAAGUCAAAGGAAGAAGUCAUUUCAUCAUUGCAAAAGAAGUUGCAAGAUGAAGCUUCAGCCCACAGUGAAAUGUCACGCAUGAACGAAGAAGCGCUGUUUUCUUUGGAGCAGAAAAUGCAAGAAGAUUCAGGUGCCUUUGACAAAGAAAAGGCAGCCAUGGUUCAAGAGCUGCAGAGUAAACAAAGAAUGCUGAAUCUACUUGAGGAGCAGAAUACAAAGACUCAGGGAGUAUUGGAAAGCGAGAUGACUGCUCACAUGCAAGCUCUUCAAGAAAAGGAAGCUAGUAUAAGCCAACUCAGGGAGGAUAUGAAAAAGACAGAAGAGGAACAUCAGUUACAUAUACAAAAGUUACAGAAUGACCUCACAAAUGCUUCUGCUGCAAGCGACACCCAACAGAAAACAAAUGAUGAGCUGCUAAGAGAAAUUGAUGCAUUGAAGAAUGAGAUCACCACAAAAGAAGCUUUGUUCAAGCAAAAUCUAACAGAAAAACAGGAAGAGACAGUGACUGAGAUAACAAUUCUAAAAGAAAGUCUUUGUGAAAAGAACAAUACUUUAGAAAAGGUUCAUAAGGAAAUUGAGGAACUAAAACACAAACACAGUUUAGAGAUUGAGGGAUUGCAACAGGCACUUGAUGAAAAUGCAAUAAUGAUCACAUCUCUCAGAGAAGAGAAAUCAGAAAUAGGAAGGAAAAUGCUUGAAGAGUUGAGUUCUGUUCAGCUUGUAUUGGAUACAGUCAGGAAGGAGAAGGAGGAAGAAGAGCAAAAUAACAAGAACCAAAUUUCCUCUCUCAACAAACUGUUAGAAGAGAAGUCUCAAGUUCUAAAGGCUGUAGAAGAAAAACUUGUACUUUCUCAGUCCCAACAUGAAACUGUGAAGAAUGAUCUUGAGAAGAAUCUAUCUGAGGUCAAGGAAAGCGAGAGUGCUAAGACUAUGGCCAUGAUGUCAGAGUUGGCAGGAAAAUCAGACGAAGUCUUGUCUCUUAAGCAUGAAUUAGACCAAAUUCAAGAAGAGAAGAGGUCAUUAUUGGAAAAUAUCCAGCAGAAGGAAGAUGCUUAUUCUUCAUUAAAGAAUGAAGCAGAUCAAGCAAUGUUGGCUCUGAAGAAGGAUAUGGAACAGGAGAUUAAGGACAAGGAUGAACUAUUAACAGUACUGCGAGAAGAGAAAGAAAUUCUGGCUAAAGAGCUUUCCCAAGAAAAAGUGUCUUUGACUGAAAUGAUCAGUGAGAAAGAUAGGAUUGUGUCUACACUGCAGCAGCAUACACAAGGUUCCACUGAAAUGCAAGAGAAAUUGACAUUAGAAGUUAAGCAGUUGGAAGAUGGUCUCCUAGAAAAGAAUAAAGCUCUAAGUGAAUUACAAGCACAGAUAGAGGAGGAGCAACAAAAGCAUCAGUCUGAAGUCUGCAAUCUCAAGGAAACUGUUUGUGAAGUAAUGAAAAAAAUGGAGUCCCUUGAAAAAGAUAAAUUAGCUGUGGAGCAGAGUGUUACAGAAGAGCUGAAGUCACUGAAGAUGAACCUAGAUACCCAAAAGAAGGAAAAAGAAGAACAAAAACAAAAUUACAAAGAACAUAUAGCAUCACUAAAUACAAUGCUCUCCGAAAAAUCUAUUCUUCUCGGGACUCUUCAACAAGAAUUGGAAAAGACUAGCUCAGCCUAUGAUUUGCUAAAGGGCAAGAUGGAGAAGGAAAUUGUUGAACUGAAAGAAAAGGAAAGCUUGAGAAUUGCUGAACUCCAGUCACAGUCUGAUGAGAAUUCCAAGAGAAUGCUAGUCAUGAAGCAAGAGAUGGAACAUGUCCGUUCAGCUAAUGAAGAGCAAAAGAAUAAGGAGAAAGAAGAAAUUGCACUGCGUGAGAAGGUUGCCAGGGAUGCUGCUGUCUCUGAAUUUGAAAUUAAGCUUAAAGCCAUGGAGGAUGAUAAGAUAGCAAAGGCCAAAGAACAAGAAAAGUUUGAAGAGCAGAUGAUGACAAGACUUGCCUUGCUUGAGAAGGAAGUGAAGACCAAGGAAUCCACUCUCCAGUUACAAACCAAGGAGAUUGAGAAAGCCCAAAAAAAAGUGGAGGAACACAAAGCCCAUGCUUUAUCUUUGGAAGCCAAGUUGAUUGACAAAGAACAGGAAGUCACUGCAGCAAAGGAGGAGAUUAUGAGAAUUGAACGUGAAAGUAUAAGGUCAACUAAGAGCUUAACAGAAGAACUACAGGCUGUCAAGGAUAAUUCUCGGGCCGAGAGACAAUCAGUUGUUCAGAAGUUGAAAGCUUCGUACAAGACUGAGGUUGAAAAACUCAUGGUACAAAUUGAGGUGCAAGAGAAGGUGUUGCAAGAGAAGCAGAUCUUACACCAGAAGUAUGAACAAGCAAAGAAGAAGUUGUCAGAGGUCAUGACAGAGAUCAGUGAAUACAAAAAGUCAGAAGAAUACUAUCAGAAACAGAUGAUAAAGUACAAGGAUCAUGUCAACAAACUCAAUGAAAGUCUUCAGAAUGAGAGGAAGAAACAAGCAAGUAUUGAGAGAAUACAAGAACUGGAAGAGCAGCUCUUAUUAGUAAAAGAUAAGCUGCAAGAGUCAGACUUAACAGUAAAACGACUUGGCAAUGAAAACAGAACUCUUGAGGCCCAAGUUAAACUUGCAGACUCCAAAAUGAGAACAAUGCAGAAACAGUGGGAGAGAGAGAGCUUUGGGUUCCCUAACACAUUGAGAAAGUCUGCUUUGUCUGAUACUCGGCUUAGCGAAGUUAAGAUGCCAAGACCUUCAUCUUCCCCUGAGGAGGACAGCUUAACAGCUUCAGAUCUUGCACUUGUACAAAAAUCAUCAAAAAAUCCUCCAAAAGAAAUGACAAGGGCUGUCUCAUCAGAUGUGGUAUUCAGGAAAAGUACUCGACAAAACACAGCACUUGAGAAACAGCCAAAGAGUAGUGUAGAUAUUGCAAACAUGUCUGUGCCUGCAACAGGAAAGAAAAAGACCACUCAAUCGCUUGAGAAAGUAACGUCAGAUAAGUCAUUGGGGCAUUCGGUACCAAGGGACAUGCUCUUCAACUGCGAGGAUGAAGGAGAACUUUUCAGCAACAAAUAUCUUAUUGACAUGCAGGUUGGUCGGUGCAACACUCUUGAUGACCCCCACUGGAAAAGAUUAUCUGAACUUCAGAGAAGAAAUUCCCUAUAUCCCCCCCAUAUGCGGUCUGUUUAUCCUGCUGAAAUGCAGUUCAGACCACUUCAGGACUUCGAUGAUGACAAAUUAAGGGCUGGCAAUGCUGUAGAAGAUAGACAGCUGUUGAACCUGACACAGGCUACUGAGAACCUAGGUCUUGAUUCUCCAGCCUUCAACCUCCGAAAACGGAAGUCUUUGUCAGAUUCUACACACUCGGAAACAUCUUUAGAAUCUUCUGGGGGAAAACGUUCUAAAAGAUUAUCUACAUCCUACUCAAGGCCAGGACCACCAACUCCCGGGAGAAAGAGUUUGAGUCAAGCAGACAAAGAAAAUCGAACUGAGAACACUUCCACUCUAUCUGUAGGAACUCGUGGGAGCAAGAUGAGCCCCAAGUCCACCUAUUCAGAAGGUUCUCCCGUUUCCACAAGAUCCAGAAGGAGGAAUAAUGCCCGCUCCACUCAGUCACCCGUCUCCAGUUCCACUGUAUAUGUCCGAACCCCAGGUGCCAGGUCCAAGCAUUCAGCGAAGUCUCCAGCCAAUGUCUCUCUCCUAAGUAAAAAGGGCAUGACACCAAGAGGGAAGAGAGGUUUGACACCCUCAUCACUACGUAAAAUCCUUUCCAAAGGGAGGUCACAAUGGAGGAAAUUAGAAGAUGAGGCAGAGACACCCAGGGGACUUGGGGACAGCACAGGAUCAAAUGGCAGCUCAAAGUUAAGGAUUUUCCGUAGACCCUUCGGUUCCAGAAAUUACAAUGUUCUCUCUGCAUCCCAAAGGUCUCAGGAAAACCCCCUCGACCUGAACGACUCAUUAACCGUAUCAACCGGGCGGUCAGGCCUAACUGCUGAUUGCAAGUCAAGAGGGAAGAAAUAGAGGAUUUUUCUAAUGAUAAGAUUUCUUUGAUUGCAGUUCUUUUAAUUCCUUUAAUAUCUGUAUAAAUUAGAAAGGCUUUUUACUGAAGAUUUUAUUAGUUUUAAGUGUUUCGUUGCACUCAAGUUUUACACUACAGAAUGACUAAAUACUUUUAUAUAUUUCUUUUAUUUCGAUGAACAAGACUGUCUGCCAGGAGCUUUACAGUUUUCAUAGCUUGAGUAUCUUUUAUAUGGCUACACUUUAUUUUUGUGUGAGAGGUACAAACCUGUUUAUAUGAAGCUUUACAAACUAAUGUUAAGAAGUGAAUUAUAUUUAAAGAUUGUCAGCAGAAUGUAUGAUGUCAGGAGAGAUGUACUAUCCUGUUUGCUGUACAUUGUUACAUUUGUUGUGUCUAAUUACAUGUUGGUUGCUUUUUUUUUUCUCAAGUAACUAAGUAACAAAUUAUCUUCCAUGUCUAUCCCUUUAUACACUACAACACAUGCAUAAAUAAAUUUGUAAAAAUUAUUAAAAAAAAGUGAUGUAUA